CUUUCUUGCAAAAAUACAUCGUCUCUUCGCUUGGCGCCUAAACGCCUGGUGUAGUUCUAGAGCCCAAGAUUAGGGUUUGUGAUUGAAGAUCAAUGGCUUCCGCUUUCCUCUGGAGCCCCCGCCAAUGGAGGGUUUCUGAUUCAUCCGAGGCGUCUCGUCAUCUUGAUUUCAAGAAAGGGGAUUUGGUAUGGGCCAAGGCAUUCCCUUACAGAUGGUGGCCGGGGUCUAUUACUCGGAUCAUCAGCUCUUCGGCUUUGGUAUCGUUCUUCGGGUGUGAUAAAGCUCGGUGUUUUGAUUUUCCGGAAAUCCGUGGAUUUGAAGAAGCUUACCCUUGGAUUUCCAAGAUGGUGUGUGUGAAAUUGUCUGAUGAGAUUGGUCUUGCUCUUGAAGAGUUGAGCAGGAAAUCAACUUUAGGAAUGAUUUGCUCUUGCCGGUCUUUGGAUUUGAAGUUGAACCAGUGUGUAGAAGAGAAGAAGGGUUUUGAGCCGAAAGAAAUUUUGGGCUUUUUGCUUGAUGUGGCUAUUGAUGUGAGCUCUAGUGUCUGUAAUUUGGCAACUGCUGUCAGAUUGUCAGCGCAGCUUGUUGCCCACCGGCAUUAUGUUUCCUCAUGUCGGCAUGGUGAACUAAGUGGUGGGUUUGAUCCUGAUGGUGUUCUGGACUUCGUUCUUGGUGCAGCUGUUUCUUCAAGCAAUGCUGCUGAGGAGAUUCUUGAUCUUACUGAGGCAUUAAGACAGGUUAAUGCAUUUCGAAAUUUUGUCUUAAUUCAUCCGGAUUGGACGUACCAACAUAGUCUGGAUCUUGAAGUUGAUUCCCUUGGAAAUGAAUUUGAUGGGCUUGAAGAGACAUCAACCAGUGAUAUCUCUGAACUUUCCGAAGAUAAAGCAAGUGAUAUUUGUGAAGGGUCUGAAAAAGAAAUGCUAUCAUAUUCAUCCCCAGACUCAGCAUGUGGUGUGAGUGGGCAAAAGGAUGGUGACUUCUCAUGGCCAAUUUAUGACAAGGAUUUUAUGGAAGUUCAGGAACAAGUGCCGGAAGGUCAGGAGAUCUGUGUGCUAAACACAGUGGACUGUAGUGCCCUAGAACAGAGCGAAGAUAAUCAGUCUAUGUUGGAUAAUGAAUCUGAGGUUGUUGAAUUGUUUGGAUCAGUGGUUUCUACAUUUGAAAAUAAUGAUUGGCUGACAAAUAGUCAAUCUGAAACAGUUGCUUCAAUUUGUGCAUCAGUUCUUGAUUUGAAUGCAAAUAAUGAAUCUCUGCUGGGACAUCAAUAUGAAAAAUUUGAUGAACUCAGUAGAUUUCUACCUGAUCAGAGGAAAGAUAAUGGAUGUGUGCUGGGGAAAAUGCCUGAAACUUUUAGGAGCUCUGGUAGUUCAGCAGGGACUGAUUUCUGUAUGGAAGAAGUGAGUGUGGAAAAUUCAGAAUUCAACAAAAAUUCACCAGCGUCAUAUGCCAAGGAAAUAUCCUGUAUAAAUGCUGACCUCUCCCCAGAAAAAAAUUCAGAUGUCCAGACAGGCAGGAUGCCUUUAAUCGGUUCAAAAGGUGAACAUGCAAAAGAACAACAUGAAAAUGCCACUGAUGCUGGCCAUAAGUCUCAAUGUUUGAUGCUGCUACCUCUUUCUUCAGAUCAUAUCACUUUCCAAAAAAAUCCCCCUUGUCUAGAAAGAUUCCCUGCCUCCCUUGCUCACCAGUCUGAUGGGCUUUCUUCUGAUGGUAUGCUUACGUGCAGUGUUAAGUCUCAUUCUUGUGAUUACACCACUUUAACCAUUAACUGUAAGAUAGAAGAUCAAGCUAACGUGACGGACACUAUACCUGGAUCAUCUGCUUUCAUAGAAACUGAAACUCAAGGUGCCUUUGAAAGGAUGAAAUUUGAUGAGUCCGUUUUUUCAGCUGACUCCUGUAAGUUGCAGAGGACCCUCUUCCCAUGUGCAAAAGAUAUUGCAGAAGAUAAUUCUGUGACGGACAAUCAGAGUUUUGCGAGCUUUAAAACUCCUUCUGGCAAUGAUAGAUUUCAAAUUGAUGAAAAUGGUCCAACUUUGGAUGGCGACACAAGUGUUGCCUUGAAACUUCAUUCUGGAGAUGUGAUACCUAGCAGGAAUAUCACAAAAAGUGACAAGAUGAAAGGUAGUUGUAGCUUUUCACCUGUUGUAUCUAAAAGCAUUCCUUGUCUAAACAAAGGCCUGGAACUACCUCAGUUUCCUAGGUUCUCUGAUUGGCGCAGAUAUUAUGUGUCCCCUUUGACAUCUGAUGUCUCAAAGCCUGUCAGUGGGGCUAAGAAGCCUUUUGUUGGCAAUAGGCAAAACAGCUUUUCUAAAUCAUUGCACAUGAAAUUUCCAAAGGAUUUCAAGCUGCCUUCAGCAAAAGAUUUGGAAAAGAAAUUUGGACGAUUUGGACCAUUGGACCGUUCAAGAACCAAGAUUUUCUUCUAUACAGGUGCUGGCCAAGUGGUCUUUGUUCAUAUAGCCGAUGCAAAAGCUGCAUACAAGUAUGUCACCAGGAAGAAUAUAUUUGGAGGGGCUGAUGUUCGUUUUUGGUUUGAUAAAUAUGAGAAAUUUAGGAAGGAACGCAUAACUGAAUGUUCUGCACCUACAAUGGGAUGCACAUCUUCACAUGCUAAUGCUGUGAUGUCAUCACCUAUAGGAAGUGAAUGUUCUGCACCUACAGUGGGACAUAUUUCUUCACAUCCUAGUCCUGUAAUAUCAUCACGUAUUGGGACUGAAUGUUCUGCACCUACAACACAACAUGCAACUUCACAUCCCAGUCCUGUGAUAUCAUCACCUAUAGUUGGGAAUUCCUUCUGGAAACCCAUACCUGCCAUAUCCACUGUAGGAAAUUCAUCACAAAAUCUUAAGUCAUGUCUUAAGAGACCCAUCACACCUGAAGGAAGCGAUAAAAAGAGAAAAGCUAAAGUGAGGUUUGUGAUUGAGACUGGCUAAUGCUUCAUCUGCUGUUGUUAUAUGGAAGAAGGAUAAUGACUAGAUGAUAUCAUGUACAAUCGGAGCAGAUAUCAUUGACAUAUUGUGGCCUUCUUGAAUGGAUCUAAGUGAUCUUACUAAUAUCAAAGUUGUGAAGUUUUGAGCACUCUUCUUAAUUUUUACAUACAAGUAGGUUCAUCAAUUUUUUUUUUUUAAUAUUGACACUUGUAAUCCAGUGAAGCCAGGCUCUUCUAUUAGUGGAUGGUGACUGUCAUAGGUGAUAUUUUUUGGUGGAUGCAUCAUCUUUUACAUUC